GUUGAUAGCAGCAGUGAGCACCGUACCGCCGCUCCGAGAGAAUGGGUGCGCGCUGUCGGCGGCGCCGGUGCUUUACUUUUCACGCGCACGACCUCGCCAGGAUUUUAACACCGUCGCACAGGGGUCGAAGAGCCGGGAAAACCUUGAGAAGACCACCUCCAGCGUGUUGUGAAAAAUCAGGAGGAUCCAAGUGCAUCUCAGACUGGAGCUGUCAGUCCGACAGUCAACUCGUAGAUAUGUCGCGCCGCUCGCCCGACAUGCGCGUAUACUUUUGAAGGAUUGCAAAAUUAUCUCAAAAUGAACCGGAUCUCGAACUUCACAUUCCUCUUUGUCCUUUUGUCGGCGCUGGCGACAAGCAACCCAGCCAUUGUGGCCCCACCCUGGGCUCACCCCAACGCCAAUCCCUGUGGUGACUGGCAAGAAGUGCGGUGGAACGGAGACGGGCGGUGCUACCGAAUUUUCCAGCAGGGUCCAUGUCCCGAGACGAUGGAGCUCGCUUUUCAGUCGGACAAAGCGGAGGCUGAGUGUCGCUGUCCGCCUCGAACGGCCCAGUGGGCGCGGGACGCCAAGUGCCAUAAACUAUAUCACAGAGGCCCGUGCCUGUUGGGUCGUUACUUUGCCCCUGUGAUCAAUACAAGGUGGGGCACUUGCCUCGAUCCAGAGAAGGAAUGCGGCGAAGGACACCUUUACUGGCCAAAGGAGGGAGGCGCCUGCUACCAACGACUGACUAGGGGGCCCUGUCCUAUUGGGGAGCUCUUUGUUGAGGAGGAGCAGGACAGCACGAUAGGCGUUUGCCGAUGUGAUGGCAGAUCCGAAUUGCAAUCAUUUAGGUGGAACUCAAACUCGGAAGCGUGUUACGAGCCCUAUUCCCGAGGUCCCUGCGGCAAAGGUGAACUGGUCCUUCCCUCACCACUACGGUGCGGCUGUUCAUCAGACCUGGCCCAAUUCCACAACGAGAGCAAAGGCUGCCAUCCCUUGGGAACCACAGGACCUUGUCCGCCCGGCCACGAGUUUGUCCAGCCAGGCCCUGAUUGGUCCCCUGCCCAGUGCCAGUGUAAAGAGCUGCAUGCGUUUUGGCCCGAGACAGGUGCAUGCUACCGCGAAUACUCUCGAGGACCCUGUCAGGCGGGUUCGAUGAUCUUACCAGCAACCCCACCUCUCACAAACAGAACUCAGUGUGUGGCCCUGCCUUGCUCAAGAGGCUAUUUGUAUGUACCUGAAGCUCGGGGUUGCUUCAGGGCGGGGACAAGAGGGCCGUGUCCUUUGGGGAAACUGGUGGUGUUUGAGGACUUUGUCGGCGUUUCAUACAAGGGACGCUGUGGCUGUAGCUCGAGGGAUUUCCCGAGUCAGUCGUGGGACAGUGGCAGUGAGUGUUACGAAGUGGGGGUGAAAGGGCCCUGCCCCAAGGGACAUGUGUUUGGCCCAGGAGGAAUGUGCCAUACAUUAUACACAAAAGGUUAUUGCCAGUCUGCGGGAGAGUGGCUGGUGCCUCAAGGCGAAGGUGGGGCCAAAUGCGAGUGCCGACCUGGGUAUGGACCUGUUGCCGACGACCCCAAUGAUCCGUGUCAGCCGCCACUGGUUGCGCUUGCUCGUUUUUUAUCAAAUGGUUUUUAAGUGAAAUGUCAUUAAAGUGCUAAUAUUUAUAUUUAUGUGGUGCCAAAACAACUGAAUCUUGCUUCCUAUCUAAAUAUAUAUUCAUAAAUUUAAAAUUAUCUGACACACGGCUGUGUCAGUUUGAUUUUGAAAUAUUUUUUUUUUACAUGUAACCAAGUACAAUAUUUAUUCUCACUUCUCAGAAGAUAUUAUGUCAAUGAACUUGGUGUUGAGAGGUCUCAAUUGGUUACAUUCAGCAUUAAUUUCCCAAAAACAGAAAUGAAAUCUUAAGUGGCACUUGUUUGCAAAAAAUUUUCUGAAUCAGAAGUGAAAAAUAAAAACCAAACCAAACUAAGAAAUGGAAUGCAAAAA